CUAGAAACUAUUUUCUGUGCAUAUUUACAGUAUUUGUAAAUAGGGGAACAUUGUAUGAAUUGCAUUUUGCCUUCUUCAAUGAAGCUGCUUGUGAGACAGUGGGUCGCUGUUGUUGCGGUGCCUGACUGCCUCACCUUCCCCCAUCCGCGAGACCAGUGCACAACUGUGUACAUCAUUUUAGCGUAAUGGCAAAUGAAUCUUUUGGAAAUGAGGGAGGUACCGGUUCGAGAAACUCAAGAAAUACAAAUUUCACAUCAUCUGUGGAUCUCAGCACGUCCUUAGAUUCAAGUGUUCAGACUCGAAUAUUUAAAAUAAUUGUAAUCGGGGAUUCAAAUGUAGGGAAGACCUGCUUAACCUUCCGCUUCACCGGGGGAAGCUUUCCCGAGAAGACGGAGGCGACAAUCGGUGUGGAUUUCAGGGAGAAAGCAGUGGAAAUAGAGGGCGAAAAAAUUAAGGUUCAGGUGUGGGACACUGCAGGACAGGAGCGCUUCAGAAAGAGCAUGGUAGAACACUACUACCGCAAUGUGCACGCUGUCGUUUUCGUUUACGACGUCACCAAGAUGGCCUCAUUCCAGAACCUGAAGACGUGGAUCCAGGAGUGCAACGGGCACCGUGUCUCACCCACUGUGCCUCGGGUACUGGUGGGUAACAAGUGUGACCUGGUUAGUCAUAUCCAAGUACCCUCCAACACUGCCCUCAAGUUUGCAGAUGCCCACAACAUGCUGCUGUUUGAGACCUCAGCGAAGGACCCCAAGGAGAGCCAAAAUGUGGACUCCAUUUUCAUGUGCCUGGCAUGUCGGCUGAAAGCCCAGAAGUCCCUGCUGUACAGGGAUGUUGAGAGGGAGGAUGGAAGGGUUAGGCUUUCACAAGAGACAGAUGUUAAUAAGAGUAACUGCCCUUGUUGAGGCUCCUCCACUCUGCAAUGAUUCCUUAUCUCCUUUUAAUACUGCUGUGACUUGAAUUGAACAAUUUAACAUAAACAACAAAAGGCGAAGAUACUGUUCUAAUGUUAACAUUUCUUGAAAGAAUGUGCCUGCAGUUAUUUCAGUUUUUCUUCUUAAAAAUUAUAAUAGUGUUUUGCUGUCUGUCUGUCUGUCUGUCUGUCUGUCUGUCUGUCUGUCUGUCUGUCUGUCUGUCUGUCUGUCUGUCUGUCUGUCUGUCUGUCUGACCCUCUCUUGUUUUACUCUCUUUCUUUGAUAUGUUAUCAUUAUCACAUUCUGUAAUAAUGGCCUUAAGUCAAGAGAGGUCAUCCUGUGGUGUUUGUAAAGUAUGUUAAUUUAUUUUAUAUUUGAGUUGUACAUGUCUGUACAUGACUGCUGUCGGUAUUAUCAUGUAUGUACAUGUCUGCUGUCAGUAUUACUGUUUCAUGCAAUAUACUCGUGUGUAACAUGAUUGUCACAAUCUCACAAAGGGACUUUCAUAAAGACUAUUUGGGCUUCACACUGACGUACUGUAUAUGUGCUGCAAUCGUUUUACAUUUGUUGAGUAUAUUGUUUGUUUUUUAACUAUAUUUUAAAACAUAUCCACUAAUAAUCCUUCAGAUUGAAUUGUCAUAACCAUAAUGCAGAGGAUGGGGAGGCAACGAUGCUAGUUAGCCCAAUACCCUUCCCCCGCCCCACCAGGGGUUUCUCUGGCUUCAGGUCUGCUAUUUCUGCUUUCUGUUUUCUCUCCAUUGAUCAUCAUCAUAUUUCUGAUCGUCAACAAAACAUCCAAUUUGUGACCGUCUCCUGUCUUUGCCUCAAAAUUAAAUAUUC